CAGGCAACACCUGUUUUCUCAGAAAGGUAUUGUAGGUGUGUCCUCAAAAUGCAAAGACAGUCUAGAGAGCUGUUAAAAUUGAAAGUGUCAUCCGAGUUUAGGCCGCGACAAAAUGAAGUAUCCCGAGGUAACAGCGCUUCUCUCGGUUCUGGCCGUGGUGUUUUUACGCGGUGCGCAUGGAUGGGAUGCGCCGCCGUUUUGCCAUAACUAUGAUUGUCCUGAGUUCACGGUCGUUAAUAAAUAUGAGGACUUUGAGGAACGUGCGUACCAAGUGAGCCGCUGGAUAACCGUCGACAGUCUGAGUGUCUCUGACCACGACGUGAAGGCUGGAUUCACGAAGCUGUGGGACUACACCCAGUGGGACAAUCAAGCAGGUGAACAUGUCAAUACUCAUACCUGGCCUGCACUCAUUUCUACGACUGAGGUAGAGGAUGGUGGAGAGAAGCAUGUAUCUCUCUCUUUCUAUGUGGCUGCAGAAGAUACAGUCCUCCCCACUCCCAAUGAUGCCUCAAUCAGGGACGAGACUAUGGCUGCUGGCACCAUAUAUGUCAGGACUUUCAGUGGUUUUCCGUCAGACUACAACUUCCAGGAAAACUUGAAGACGCUACGUGAUGCCCUGACACAGGCUGGGAAAGCCUUUGACUCCCACCAGUACAUCGCGGCAGGGUAUGAAAGUCCGUGGACUCUGAUUGGCCGACACAAUGAGGUCUGGAUCCAUGCUGCCUGAGGAAGGCAGAUGGAACUAAUAAACACAGAGAUUUAAAAUUCCAAACAAAUGUUCAAUGGUGGGUACACUUGCCCAUGCUUAUAGAGCGUGCCAUUUGGAAUGUUCAAUUAGGACGCUAUGAAAGUUGAUAUGUCAACGACAAAAAUGUAAUUGAUUUUAAGCCUUAAACUACAUUAUUUGCAACCUCAGAAUUCUGUAGCUACUUUUAUCUUAGUGUUUUAGCCAUGCAACCAUGGCAAUUUCUAUUUGGGUUGAGGGACUAAUAGUAUAAAUGUGAAGCCAUUACUGUGUCCGUUAGAAAAACAUACUAGUUUCCUCACUUUAGAUGUGUGGAUUUCCAUAGUCUUUACUAGCUAAAUAUACUCCUACUAGUGGAUAUGUAUGAACUGUUAGUUAAGAACAUUUUGGGCACCCGUUCUGUUAAAAUGAUAAUAGUUAAACCAUCUAACUGUCGCAAGUAUUGUAAUCCACAAACACAAGUUGCACUUUUUUCAACAAACUAUCUGUAGCAUUAUAUCAGCAGUCUUGAUUUGCACUAUACAUGAUUUGUUCUUUAAAUGACUUGGUCUUUCUACUGCCACUUAUAUGCCUAUUCUCUCUUGUAAAAUAUAUUUUGCAAUCUCAAUGGCCUGCUCCUGGGUAAAUAAAGUUCAGAUGAGAAUGUGAACGACAACAACAUGCUAUAUAAGGAAGUCAAGUUAGUCCACAGUGUCAGGUUGGUCCUCUGCCAGAGUGAUUAGAAGGUGAAUGGUUUUAGGAAUGCUGUGCAGCAAGCAACCUCAAAAGUACCUUGUCACAUUCUCAUAAUAUCAUUCUCAAUUUCCACAAGACGUCAUCACAGUAAAGACACAUGAGAAGCUUACAUAUGAUAUAAUCUCAGAGUAAUGAUACUUACAGAUAGAUGUACUUUUGUACCUGCAAAUUACUUUACAUAUAUUAAUGUAAAUCAAUAAAAAUAUAAAUGUACUCAGCUUUGCUUUAAGAAUCUUUUGUUGACAAGGAACAAGGAAGUGGUUGGAUUCAUGUAAAUCAUGACAAUGUUGUGCUGUUUUUCAUUUUUCACCCAAAAUAUUGACAUUUACCCUGAAGUACCCCACCAUACCGGAUCAACCACUUCUGUUCUGACCAUCCAACCCCACCCUCAAAAUAGCCUAGGUGAAUAAUGUGAUUUUUCUUAUGCAUUAAAGUAAAAUGUUAUUUUAA